CGGAGCCCGACGAACAACGGCGAUAAACUCCCGCACAAACAGCAACGUUUACCAAAGGUUCGGGAGGCAGCAGUCGACGGUGUGUGAGGAGUAUUUUCACACCGACUCGGCGCGAAGCUCUGUUAUUGCUAUCAGACAGUUACACCCUGUCAGGCUUCCCACCUGUGAGACGGCUGAUGUCAAUUGAUGUCAGGAUCCGAGGAUUUUAAUCUCACACACACACACACACACACACUCAGGUGACAGCUGUUCACACCUGGAAAUAUUAAACGUCAGAACUCUGAGAGUCACGGCUGUCAGGUUUUCUGGCAGGUUUGCUUUUCACGGUUUUAAUGUUGACUGCACCUUUCGUAUUAGCAGCACAGUAACACACAGGCUGUCCACGUUGCUGAGGCUCUCUAUUCUCAAAUCCACCGUUUUAUAGCCUCCCUCUCUAUGGGGGAUUUAGCCUGUUUGAGGUUGAGCUCAUAACAGUGUGCAGAAGCUCAUUUCCACACUUCACCAGCUUAUCCCGACCUCUUAUAUCCUCAUCAUUUAUUCAUGUGUUCGCACCAGGACACAACAAGCCAUCAGAUUGCUAUAUUAAUGCAAACAUCUGCUGCAGAAAGCUGCUGCACCUGCCUUUAACCUUCACGCUCGGUGCUUUCAGGUGUGUCUGGGAUUUUCAGUCUUGCAUUACAGCUUUAUGUUUGCAGUCAGCACUCUUUGGCCAGAGCCAAAUGCCUUCAGUUUAACUUCUGUCCUGUAGCAAAGAGUUCUGUCUCAGUAUGGGUCGCAGCCUCCUGUAAGUCAGGGCCUGUCGCAGAUCAGGUGGGGCAGGUGAGGGCUCGGAGGUGGCAGACAAUCAAACCCUUCAGUCAUGCUGUCCGGGGUGCAGCCAUGCUUCCAGUUACUUCGGAUCGGUUUGUCGGCUGGCGACUCAGCGCGGGACCUGUACACCUUCAGGCCGGCGCUGAGCCACUCGGUGUUCCGCCUGGGCCGGGCGGCGGAGCUCUGCGACGUCACUCUGGACUCCACGUCGGUGUCCCGGAUCCACGCCGAGCUGCGCGCGGAGAAGGAGGUGAGCGGAGGUGACGCGGCGCCGCAGGAGGAGGGCUGGAGGGUCCACAUCAAGGACAGGAGCAGUCACGGCACCUGGGUCAAUGAGGUUCGCCUCCAGCCUGGCAUCCAGUGGGAGCUCUCAGACGGCGACACGCUGACCUUCGGUGGCCAGACGGCUCCAGGGAGCCCCGAGUUCUACUUCCUCUUCCAGAAGGUCAAAGUCCGCCCGCUCGACUUUGAUGCUAUCACAAUUCCAAAGGCGGGCACCUUCUCCUCAGACUUACAGAACCGGAUCAGAACCAAUCUAGACCGCAAGGUGGCCGCCAACCUGGACCUGUCCAAGCUGUCCAUGCACCGGGCCACCGUCAUCCUCAACUCCAUCGGCAGCCUGAGCAAGAUGAAGGGCAGCGCCUGGACCUUCAAGAGGAGCCACAGCCACGAGGGAACCGCCUCGGACCCCGGCUCCUCCUCCUCACCUCCUCUGGCCAUGGGCUUCUCCUCUGUGCUCCCGCCCUCCACACCCCCAUCAUUCUCCUCUGCCGCUUCGGUGCCCUCGACGAAGUCCCUCCAGUCGACCUCCAGGAGCAGGAGGAAGUCUGCUCACACGGUGCUCCUCGAGGACGACAGCUCGGACGAGCCCCGACGUCGAGGAGCUCCAGCAGGAGUUGUGGAGGAUGAACAGAGAGCGAGGGGGAAGAAGAGGCGGCGGCUCUACAAGUCCGAGUCGGAGGGUUUCAGCUCUCCUCCUCCGCUGCCGCUGCAGCCCAAGAGCCACAGUGAUGUCCGGCGGCCGCUGGAGGCCAAGCCCUUCCCCGUCGGCAUCAGGACCAUCGGCAGUUUCCAUGGCGCCAUGACGAAUAGCAGACUCAACAACAACCACCACCACCUCCUCCAGGCGUCAUUCACCAACGCUGCUGUUCACAAGCAGGAAGUGCAGACAGUGCACCGGGUCCAGACGGUGAUGCACGGCAACAUCGCCGCAUUCCGCCAACAGAAGCCUGCACACAGUUCUCCAGCGGCGCAGAGAGGCAGGCGGAGGGCUCACAGCUCUCCGGUUUUCUCCCCUCUGGUGGUCGGAGGGGAGAACUACAGCCUGGCCUCGCCUUCUGUGAGGAUCCGCACGGAGGACCGAAGCAGGAUGCAGUUCAACAGAUUUCACCAUCCAACAAUCAAGCGCCGAGGCCGCCCCAGGAAGCACCCUCUCCCUCCCCGGCCUUCCCUGCCCUCUCCGUCCUCCUCGUCCUCCUCUUCCACCUCCUCGGCCUCCUCCUCCUCCGGCUCCUCCUCGUCCUCCUCCGACGAGGACGACGACGAGGACGAGGAAGACGAGGAGGUGGCCGCCGGGGCGGUGGAGCCGUGCGCGGCGCCGCGCUGCCGCUUGCCCCAGCAGGACACGGUGCAGUGGAUCCAGUGCGACGUGUGCGACGCCUGGUACCACAUAGACUGUCUGCACGUGGACCGCAAGAAGCUCCUGAAGGACCCCAACGCAGACUUCCACUGCGGGUGUCGCUGAUAUGAGCGGAGGUUCAGUUUAGACUUUCAGGUUGCCACAUUUUCUUCCCUUAAAUGUUUAUUUCCUUCAGAAAUCCACACUUUUGAUUGCAGAAAGCUUUUUUUCUUACCUCAACGGCAGCUGGCGAGGGCGGGAAAAGAGUUCAAUUCUCACAUCCGGGUUUGAGGAUUUGUGACGCAGCGCUCUCACAGCUGCUUCACAAACCUCUUGCCCGCUCAGUCUCAGGGCUCGGGCUUCGGAGGAGGCGGCAAAACCGUAAUUACAUGUGUCGGGUCAGAUUUCAUUGCGGCGUCGAUUGCCUGGAGAGGUGUGAUCGGGGGGGGGGGGGGCCUGAUGAAAUGCUUCUGAGUGCACUCCCACUGAGGCUGUCGCUGGCCGGGAGGCAGCAUUCAGGAAGAUUAAUGAAAUGUUUCAGAUCAGGCUGCCACAGUAGGAGUCUGUGCAGGGCCGUAACACUUUCACCUUCAUUUCAAUGACAAGGCCAAUUUUUCAGGGCAGAACAAGACCUUCAGUGAACAUUUACUGAUAGUUUGGGUGGCCAAAAGCACUCCAGUACCCCCCACCCCCACCCAAAACAAGUCAACAGUGGGCUGGUGUUUUCCCACCUCUGAAAUGUUUCAGUGCAGCUUUCCUGAGAGGCCGCGGCUGUCUGGGAGUGGGAUGUUUCAAGACAAUUAAAUGGCAGAAAAUGUGUCAGUGGACUCCCCAUUGGUGCCGCUGAUGAGAGAUAAUCAGAUGUUUCAAGGCACUUCAGCAGAAGCAGCAGCUGCUGAGCAGUGGGGACGGCAGAGGCUGAGGGCAGGCCGGCAGCGUGUCCGCCGCUGGUUGAAGAGGACUCGUUAACAGUGAAAUGUCGUGAAAUAUCAUCCGCUAACGUAACGGGAUGAACAGAUUCAGGAAGUGAUCUCAUCGUCUGACUGGUGGGUUGAUGUGUCAGAUGAGUUGAGGGUCUCCUCUUUAGAUGAGUCUUCAUCUGCUCUCCUCACACCGCUGAGCUCUUGGACUCUUUAGUCCUGGGUGAGAUGGGCUGGACCUGACACUUGUUCUCCACUACAGAACAGCAGCUGUACACGUUUGCUCAGGUGCUGCUUGAGCAGAACUCCAAAUUCUUCUCUUAAGCACCUUUUCUAUAAUUUAACUCAGAAAUGUGACUUUGCUUGCCUCACGUGGACCAAACCAACCUCUCUGUGUUUCUACAACAGCAUCGCUGAGCAGUUUACCUUCUGCACCUGGCGUAUAAUCUCUGUAAUAGUUUGGACAGGUAAUGGUAGCGUUAAGUAGACUUUGCUGGUCAUCGUGCUUUGAUCACACCACUGGCGGACCUGCAGUUUUUUGAAGUGGGAGAAAAUGUAGAAAACAUGAUUCUUGAGCAUUAAAUUUAAGAAAAAAAGAAUCGUUUGAACCUGUAAAUGGCAGAUUUAAGACUCCUGAUUGCUUCAUCUUUGCAGAAACUGUUGAAUGAAAGUAAUAAAUGUAGUGUUACUAAUCAAAAGGCUCCAGUUUCAAUUGAAAUAAUUUCAUUGACAUUUAGUGUUUUGACAAAAUCACUGAAAAUAAAACAUGUAAUAAUGUGAGGUUACAUCACCUUGCUGCAGUAAUACAAUAUCAGUUACAUAGGACUUAACACGCCGUGCUACGGAUCUGAAGGUCGUGUUGUGCAGUGAUGACUCAAAUGUAAAAGUUUUGUUGAUCUUCAGUCACUCUUGUUUUGGUUUCGUGUGUCGUUGCUUCCUCUUUUUUCUCUCGUCGAGUUGAGCUCUAAACAUUUAGAUGUCUGUUCAUGUCUUCCGAGCUUCACUGGAAGAAACGUGCCAUCUUUCACCACAUCACUCACCGUCGCCGUCAUGGCGUCACAUCGGCGCACCCGUUUUUCGCUUUCAUGUGGCGUGCCGAACAGUUGCACGGGUCUAAAAAAGAGCGCUGAAACACGCAGCUGCUGAGCGACUGAUGCUUUUUAGCUGGCGAGAAGGUGAAAUGACACGAACUGUGACGACAACAACAACAACAACAAAGCAGGAAACUUCUGUGAUAUUGAAAAUGGAGGAAAAGCUUCACAGUGCAGCCACAAAGACCUGAGUCAAAACUGAGCUGUUUCUCCCUGAAGCUUACGAUACUGUCAACAUCUUGAGGCAAUGCAGACCUGAAACAGUGCAGCUGAGACCAUUAUUCAGUUUCAAAGACUUGCCAGUUAUUUUGGUCAUUUGUCAAGCAACAAGGCCAAAAAAAAAAGACAUUUAAUAGACUUGAUUAUUGAUUGAUUUUACUCUUUGUCUCUUU